GCGUCGCUUCCAGACCAGUCGCGGCGUCGCCCCUUUCCGGCACCACCGGUCAACUGCCGCUCGCGUUCCGCGCUGCCGCUGUGUCGAGGAGAUUGAACCACCGCCGCUUCCAGUCUACUGCGUCGAGAAGAUUGAGGAAAUGGAACGUUUUUUUUCUAAAAAACGUAGAGGUCAACCAUCUUGUGAUUCAGCUACACCCGCUAUUGAAGCCAAUGUAGAAGAUGAAACAAAUUUUGAUGAAUACGUCCGUGAUCCGGGGUUAAGAAAGCCAAUUGAGGAGUUUCCUAUUACUAUUCGCGAUCAAGCACGUAGAGAGUACUUAUCUAUGGGGCCUUGUCAAGUAGUUGGGCAUACCUAUCCGAAAACUCAAUUUGGUAAUCAACUAAGAAGUUUUCAAGAUGUUUGGUAUCAAAAGUUUGUGUGGCUAGAGUAUAGCGUAGCAAAAGAUGCUUGUUUUUGCUUUUGGUGUUAUAUUUUCAAGCAUCCGGAUAAAACAGGUCGGUAUGGAGCAGAUGCAUUUACAAAAACGGGCUUCACCAAUUGGAAAAAGGCUUUAAUUAAAUUUGUAGAGCACGUUGGAGAUGCAGAUAGCUGUCACAACAAUGCUAGAGUACAAAUUGAAGCAUUUAAAAAUCAAAGAGGGAGUAUGGUAAAUAUGUUUAGAUCAAAUGCUCGUGAGGUGAACAUUGCUUAUCGUGCUCGCUUGACCGCCUCAUUGGAUGUUACUCGUUUUUUGUUGAAGCAAGGAUUGUCUUUUCGUGGACAUGACGAGUCAAAUAGUUCUUCAAAUCGAGGUUUUGGGUCAACAAUUACCAAUUUGGGAAGUCUUGCUCAGGAAAUGGUUAAAAGUGCUACUGCUUCUGUUGAGAGAGCAUUUUCUGCAAUGAAGAUUGUUAAGACUGAUUUGCGAAACCGUAUGAAAGAUGAGUGA